AGACAACAAAAGAGAAAAAAGGGGCGACGAGACAGUGAAAGUGCAUUUGCCUUAUGUGUGCACCGGCCUCUCUCUUCUCUUGGUUUGGGGACAAACAGAACACAAUGGCAGAGAGAAAGAGGGAUCUGUCUAUGGCCACCAGGUAAGUCAUCAGAACGGCUGAAGGACGGGGGAGAGAGAGACUGCGUACGUGCUGCGGUGCGGAAUAUAUGUCAUGCUCGCCCCUUGCCGCCACACGCGUGCAUUCACCCUUCCAGCCACCCAUCCAUCCAGCAAGCACAUGACAACCAGGGGGCAAACAAAGAGAGAGAGAGAGAGAGAGAGAGGCCGGCCAGAACUGUGUUCUAGAACAUUUGUCCACGCCACUCACCACUCGCAUACACGUACACAUGCUGCCUUUAACACUCACUCAUACACACACGAAUGGGUGGGUGCAAUGAUGGAUGAGUGAGAUUGUUCUAUCUAGCGUCUCUCUGUCUGCCAGUCGAUGUAGCUAGUUGUGCCCGCCGGCCGGUCGCGACGCACCACUGCUGGGCUGCGGCGGUGUCGAAAGAGCAGCAGCGGCAGCAGCAGCACCUGCCGCCCCCCCAGCCUGCUCGCCGUUGGUGCCGGUGCUGUCAUCGGGAGGAGGCGGUGCCGGGCCGGGGCCGUUCGCUGGCUCCAACGCUGAAGGAGAAUGAAGGCAGGAGACCAGGGGAUGCAAUGCAAUGAAAGAAAUGGACCACACCCUUUGCCUCCCCUCUCCUCUCCUCCCCUCUCCUCUCCUCUCCUCUGAUCUCAUCUCACUCACCUCGGGGCUGGAUGGCAGUGAGUGCGAUGCGAAUGGCGCGUGCGGCCACGUUGAGGUCCUCACUUGUCACCGUGGCGUUGCGACCGGCGGCUUGGCCGAGGAGGCGGCGCUGCGCGGGAGGCGACUGCAGUCAUGCAAACAUGAAUGAAUGAGGGAGGAGCUUUCCACUUCCGUGUCAUGAUGGAUAUGCGCACCUUGCCACGGAGAUUAAUGACGUUGUUGAUGUCGACCUCCAGGGGAAUGCGACACUGGAAGAGGAUCGAGUUUACCACUGCAGACACAGACAGACAGACAGACACAGAGACAGAGAGACAGACACACAGACACACAGACAGACAGAGAAACCAAGUGCGUGCGAGGUCGUGUGUAAUGUGAGGUUGAUCUGCGUACACAGGACAGUUUUGCGGUUGCCCUCCAGUGAGUUGUCGUGACCCUGGGUGUUGUUCUCUGCAACACAGACGAGGCAAGAGGAGUGGGAUGUGUGUGUGGGUGUGUGGGUAUGUGGGGUAUGCUGGCCUCUCUGUCUCCCUCUCUCAUGCGGCCUACACGACACGUACCGUGGACGUAGACGAGCAGACUCUCCCUGACCUCAGCAAUGUCCUCCACGGAUAGCUUGUCUGGAGACGGGAGCUUGAUCUGAUGGAUGGAUGGAUGGAUAAAUGGAUAAAUGGAUAAAUGGACGGAGAAUGACACGGAUACAUGGAUAUGGGGGCUGGCUGUACCUUGAGUUGGCCGAGCGUCGCUAGAGUCGUGGAGUCUAUGUCGAGCGAUGCCUACAUAAAUACACGAAGAGAACCGGACUUGCAUGUGUGUGUGUAUGUGGGGGGUGGCUCCUGUCAAUUGGUUCCUGCUCACCUUCUGUGUCGAUGCAUCCUCUGCCCCCUCACCAUCAGCCCUAUAUCCGCAGAGCCAUCACACACAGCCAGAGGUGGAUGUGCGGGUGUGUGUGAGUGGGUGCAUUCAUGCCUGUGUUGGCUGCUCACCCUCCUGCCGCCGUGGUGGUGGAGUCUCUGGCCUUCAUCUCGAUGAUGCACAGACACGCCCACGAGUCGACGAUCUCCUGCUCAUCGACCUGAGCCGACGCAGCAAACUGCACACGCCCAAGCACAAGCACAGAAGGGUUGGUCAUUCAGAUAUCCAGAGUGUGGCUGGCUGACUGCACUCACCUUCAACUCAGAGUCCUCAUUGAACGCCUCUCGUUCUGCUUCUACUUGGCCCUCGCCGCCUCCCUGCCCCUCUGCAGAUGUCUCACCGCCAUUUGCUACCCCAUCUCCCUCUCCGCCGUCCCCUGCCCCAACACCACCCCCACUCCCACCGGCAGCAGCAGCAGCAGCGCUGUCAUCCACGUCCCACUCCGACCAUGCCAGGUGGAGGCGGGUGGCACCCACGGGAUGGUUGAAGACGUGCUCUUUCCCGGCCCUCCUUCCCAUGGGCCUGGCGGUGGGGCUGCUGGCCACCUCCUCGUUGUGGUUUAUGUCCUUCUCUGUGCCGGGGAAGAAAGAGCCGGGCUGUGCGGUAGAGGAGGCUUGGAAGUAUGAAUCGAUGGGCUCCUUGUCAUCCUCGCUCUCCUCCUCGUCCUCGCCCUCCUCUUCUUCCUUGUCCUGCUCUGCCUGGUGGUCGCCCUCCUUGUGGUGCUCCGUAUCGUGGCCGCCCUCCUUGUGCUGCUCUGUGUUGCGGUCGCCCUCCAUGCCCUCACCCUCCUCGUAGAUGAAGGUGAUCUCCGCCCCAUGAAGGGGGUGGAUGCCCGACACGCGGAGGUUGCCGUGGGGCUCAGGCGCCUCCAGGUACCACUCGCACACACUCUCGCCGCGGGGGAUGGUCUCGGCGCAGCUGUUGUUGGUCUGGAUGGACGUUGCACGGCCGACGACUCUGAUGGACUUGAGGGGUGCGGGAAAGCUGGUGAGCGGGGGAGUGUGGUCCACUCUAAGGACAACCGUCGCGCCAUGCACCCUGAACAGACAGCACAUGCAGAAAGGAUAGAUGGUCAGGAUGGAUGGUCAGAUGGAUGGAUGGAUGAAAAGGUGUGUGGGUUUGGACUCACUCAAUUUCGGUCGUAUUGAGUUCAAAACCGAGUAUGAGGUCAAUGAUGCGGCUCCCCUCGGCCAGCUUCGUCGCAUCUGCCGAGGUCACCGACGCCCAUGCAUCUGGGAGAAUGGUGAAAGUCUAAUGCCCACACACAAACGCACAGACAGACAUGCGUCCAAGCGUGUGGACGUGUGUCUUUCGCUUCGGCCAACAUCCAUGCACCCACCUGAGUGAGUUGAUCGUAUUUGGUGACCUCGUACAGGUGCCUGUCGGGGCUAAGGUCCAUGAAGUGGUACUCUCUCCUACCGAAGUCGCCAUGGAUGGCUAGCCCCCCUCCUCCCCCCGCCCACGCUCCCGCCGCCGCCGUCGCCGCCCCCGAUGUUGCUGGCCGCGCCACAAACUUAGCAGACGAGGGGGACUUGGUGACUCCCGGGAGCUUGAGGGGCUCUUCGAGGUCGAUGGCCCCCGCCCGUAGCCGGCAUGUGGCUUUGACGCUGACGCUUUCGAUGCCCCACCCCUUCUCAGCUAUGAAGUCAAGCAGCUCGGUCCCGGUCCUCUCGUUGAGCCGCUUUCCUAUUCCCUUCAUCAUUGUGAGCGGCUGGAUGAAAACAUCGUAGUCGAGCGCUAUGGAGUCGAACUUUGUGUGUGGGUCAGCUGAUGGUGAAGGGUAUGGGGGAGGGG